GCCAUGUACAUACGUCCUGGAGCAUAUAUACAUCGCACUGACGGUCACGUCCAUCCUCCACACUCCACUCCCUCCCCAUAUCAUAUGUCUUCCUCAAGGUCUUGUCCCUGGCUGGCUUGACGAUGUUGCCAGCGUGACGUACCUAGGCGCUUGUGCCUCGAAUGCCGACACCCCGCGGUCUUCCGUUUCGCCUGAGAACAACUUCUGUUCCAUGUCGGUGAGCCAUGCGGCGAAGUGGUGGUUGUCGAUGAAGACAUCGCUGCCGUCGCUGGCGCACAUGCGCUGCUCCUCCUGACCCGAUAUCUCCUCUGCUUGUGUGCGCUCUAAAAAGUGGUCCACUAUCGACCUUCUGUGCGGUGCACAUCCCAUCCACAGUCUUUCAGUUCGAAGAGUAUCUCGCGUCGCGUGCGUGUGUACUUACCCCUUGGUGUGGUGUCUCUGCUGGGCGAGGUCGGAUAUGGCCCUGAUGUCCAGCAACUGCAAAACAUGCAGCAGAUUGCCGUGUCUCUCUCCUGUUGUGUUGUCAUUGACUUCCCCAGUGCCCACCAGUUGUAUGGCUUCCUGCUCGUCGACUUUUGGGAAAAGGUCUUGAAGUGCGUUGCGGAACUCAGCAGCUGUCGUGUAGCCGUUGUCGUCCACAUCCAUCAACCUGACACAUACGCACUCGCACAACGACGAUGUCGAUACAUAGCACGCCUGGCACGGGCAGGUGGCUUACUUCCACAUGGCUUUGUGCAAUGUCUCGUUGGGUGUGAAGCUGCCCUGGUCCUUGUACGCCGUCCGACGCUCCAAAAUCUGAUGAAACCACACACCCAUCACCGGAUGACACUGAGCUGGCUGUCUGUCUGACUUGGAGGACAAGGGAUGCGAAUUCCUCGUAGUCGAGGACCCCGUUCUUGUCCACGUCUGCCUCCUGGCACCACCUCAGCAGGUGAGGCGUGAAGGCGGGAAGCAUGAUGCCGAAGCCCUGCACACACAGAUGUGCCGGUGUGUGCAGUCCUUAGUCCCUUCCUUUGCCUACCUCAAUGACGUCGACGGCCUGCCGUAUGGUGAUGUAUUUCGUCUGGUCAACUCUGAAAGAUCACGAGCACAACAGAUACGACACGAGUCUUGAUGCACUUUGCUGUGGGUGUGACAUACAUGUUGAUCCUGGUGGCGAACGUGUCGAAUGCGCUCUUGACGGGCUCCUUGCAGAACUCGGGAAGGGAGGCGAAGGCAGCACGCAGACGCUGAUCGAUCAGACACGCAACGCACACGCUGGGCAGUCGGUGCGCCGUCGUCCCGCUUACGCGGUCCUGGGAAGUGAUGUCAUCGGACUUGAGGAACAUGAUGGCCUUCGAUCGGAGGAAGGUCAUAAUCUGUCGGAGGCAUACAUAUACGUGUCGAUGUGUCGACAAUUGUCAUCGACCCACAGAGAGAGAUAUUGCUGAUUGGUCAUGUCUCACUCACCUGUGCCUGCCUGCUGGUGGAAAGCGCUUGGUACUGCUGUGUGACCUCCUGUAUCGUCUUCUGGUCCGCCAGGAACUCGAUCGACGUGCUGAUGGCAAAACUCCUGUGCAUGCGUGCAGCACGACACAAUGGGGUGGCGUAUGGAUGUGGCUGUGAUUGUGACCUGACGAUUCUGGGGAAUAUAAUGAGGAGGUUACACAUGAGGGGCAAGAGGAUGAGGAUGAAGGCAAGGAACCCAUAGCCGUUCCUUACCCAACUCCACUGC